AUGGCAAGGGAACAUCGUCAGCAAAUUGAAGAGGAAAACGAACCACCGAUUCAGAUUGAAGCUGUAGAAAGCGAUAAUGCUGAUGAAGAAGAAGAAAAUACAACGCACAAUAUCAACGAGAUACUCCAUGCGAUGGGCUUGACGGCGAACGGUCCUGGAUCAACUGAAUCGAGCCGCAGGAACCUCCACGAAAAUAUCCGCCUAGACGAUUUGAUCAACGCGCAUCUUGAGGAUUUAUUUCGCCACGAUGACGAGACUGUUUUCGAGUCCGACGAGCCAGCCGAUCCAGAAGAUGCCAUAGACGAUCCAGAUGAACAAUCGAGGUGGUUCCCUUUUAAAAACAAAAUGGAGCUUGUCGGGUCGUUGUUGAUAGGACACACCCACUCACGAAUCUCGCGCGAAAUAUACAACAAAUUCCGUGCCGUGAUAACAAUCUGUGACACCCGGCUUCCAGCCUGGUCCACCGUCCGCAGCGCGCGAGAGCGCAUCCGCAGAGUGCUUGAGAGGUCCGGGGAAUUUUAUCCCAGAAAUGGCUCGAGGAGUUGGCUCCACAACAUCGUGCUCCAAUGUGUGAAGUGGAAGGAGAACAUUACUAUAUUUUUGAACCCGUAG